AAAAUAAUGCUUGUCAAAACACAGACUUCUUCUCAGAUGUUGCUUUCAUGGCUAUUACUACUAACAAUGGCUGAUGAGUGGCUAAACCCAAAAUAUUGAUUUGUUGUUGUUGGCAUUUUUAACAGGGAGAGCUCAUUGCCGGAGAAGGAAGAUGCUGUGCGCUUGUUCCGGUGAGCAAUUCAAAUUUGAGGAGCCGGAGCCGGCGCCUCAGUCGCCGGAGUCAUUGGCGACGAGGGAUUUCUCUGCGAGUGGUCUUUCUUCUUCCAGAACAGGCACUGCUGAUUGGGAAUCAAGAUUCGAGGAGGCUCAAGUUGAUGAAGUUGAGUCUACGUUGAAGGAGGCACUUUCCUUAAACUACGAGGAAGCCAGAGCUUUGCUGGGGAGGCUGGAAUAUCAAAGAGGGAAUUUUGAUGCUGCCCUUCAAGUUUUCCAGGGGAUUGACAUUAAAACCUUGUCACCAAGAAUGUCCAAGGCCAUAACUGAGAGAACUAGGCCACGCAAACCGCGUGGUGGCAAGGGUGAAAUUGUGGUUUCUGGGGUAAUGUCACUUCAUUCAGUGAGUCUACUUCUUGAAGCAAUCUUGCUUAAAUCCAAAUCAUUAGCUGGACUUGGGCGCAUUAGAGAUGCUGCUCGAGAGUGUAAAGCAAUUCUUGAUAUAGUCGAUUCUGCAUUUCCUAAUGGGAUGUCGGAGGGCGUUGGGGAAGACUGCAAGUUGCAGGAGAUGUUUCACAAAGCGCUGGAGUUCUUGCCCAAGCUAUGGGUGCAGGAAGGGUUGAUAGAUGAAGCUGUGAAUUCGUACCGAAGGGCUCUUGUGAAGCCAUGGAAUUUGGAUGCAAAAAGGCUGGCCAGUAUGCAGAAGGAUCUAGCCAUCGCGUUACUCUUUGCAGGCGUUGAAGUGGAUCUGUCUCCCCGGUUCAAAAUCUGGUGUUCGACGCCUCCUAAGAAUAACAUGGAGGAAGCUAUCCUGUUGCUGUUUGUACUCAUGGGGAAAAUCCAGCAGGGUGAAGUUGAAUGGGAUUCAGAAGUUAUGGAUCAUUUAACUUUUGCGUUGACAGUAGUUGGAGAAUUCGAGUCUCUUGCAGAUAAUGUUGAGCAGAUUCUUCCCGGGAUGAAAACCAGAGCCGAGAGGUGGUACUUUCUUGCUCUCUGUUACAGUUCUGCAGGCCAGAACGAAACAGCACUGAACCUUCUGAGAAAAGUUUCUGGUUCUUCAGAAGCCGAGCACGAGCCUCAUAUCCCAUCUCUCCUGCUGGGAGCGAAGCUGUGUUCUCAAGAUCCAUGUAAAAGUCGCGAGGGAAUUAGUUUUGCUCGUGGAGCAAUGGACUCAACCGUGAAUCAGAACAAGCAUUUACUCUCCCAGGCUCGAAAGUUUCUCGGUGUCUGCUAUGGAAAUGCUGCUAAAAUCUCUUUCUCAGAUUCUGAAAGAAACUCUUACCAAACACAGUCGUUGAACUCUCUCACCCAAGCCGCUAUGCUGUGUAAGGAGGAUGCAGAAACCGUGUUUAGCCUCGGAUUGGAAUACGCAACCCAGAGGAACUUGACUCCCGCUUUUGACAAUGCAUUGCAGUAUUCUGAAAUGACGGCUGGAAGCACAGCCAAAGGGUGGAAGCUUUUGGCGCUAAUCGUCUCAGCUGAGCAGAGAUUCUCAGACGCUGAAGCCAUAGUUGAUCUCGCUUUAGAUGAGACCGGGCAGAUUGACCAGCUGCAAUUUCUCAAGCUGAAAGCUGCUCUUCAGAUUGCUCGACAACACCCCAAUCAAGCCAUGGAGACUUACAGGAUCUUGCUCGCUAUGAUUCAAGCUCAGAGACAAUCGGGGAUGGAUCACGAGGUACUAUCUGAUAGGAAAUUGGAAGUCGAAGCUUGGCUAGAUUUGGCCAGGAUUUAUAUCGAUCAAGAUUCAUGGCCAGAUGCACAAGUCUGUAUCGACAAGGCUAAGACAAUUGACAUUUAUUCGCCUCAGAGUUGGCACACAACAGGUGCGUUAUUUGAAGCUCAAGAGAGAUGCAAAGAAGCCCUAGUCGCCUUCUCAUUUUCAUUGUCAAUCGACCCAGAUUAUGUUCCCAGCAUAGUGUCCACAGCCGAAGUGCUGAUGAAGAUGGGUAGCCAGGCAGUCCCCAUUGCGAGAAGCUUGCUAAUGAACGCUCUGAGAAUAGAACCCACAUGUCACGAUGCAUGGUUCAGCCUGGGAAAGCUUUCGAAAAUGGAAGGCUCAGCACAGCAAGCUGCAGACUUUUUCCAAGCUGCACACGAGCUGAAGCUUUCCACACCAGUUCAAAGUUUUGUUUGACAGACGAUCUUAGGAACUCGAGAGAUUCUCAACUGGAAAUACUCACCAUUAAUUAUUUCCUACCAUUUGUUCAUAGUCAUUAGAUAUGUAACUUAUCUGUAAAUGCUGUCAGCACUUUGAUCAAUCAAUGGAAAAAAA